ACGGUCAACGGCUACAACCUGAAAGCCGUUGUCCAUCUCGAGGAGCGCGGUCUUCAGCCUGCCCAGCCGGAUGCUCCCGCGGGCCCUGCACCUCCUCCUCCUGGCGAUGCUCCCGUCAGCCCCGGCGAUCCUCCAACCUUCGCCCCUGACGUCAACGACCCUCAGAGCUCCGAGACCGCCAUCCGCACCUAGCGUGCCGGCCUCACCGACCACAGCCUCACCAUGGACUCUACCACCGGCGCAGCUGCCUUCACGCGUCGCGUCCUCGACCUCGCUCGGCGCCUGGCGGCUCUUGGCGUGUCGUACCCGGACCCAGUGCUCUGCUGCCACCUCCUUGAAGGCUUGACUCCUGCCUUCGACACCCAUAAGAUCGCCUACAUGCAGCUGAUCGACAAGCGCAUCACCCCGGCUGAAGUCGCCCAGUGGAUUAUCACCACUGAGGCCGACCUCUUGCGCCAUUCCUCCUCCAUUGCCGCUCAGCCCUACCCCGCUUGGACCGCCGGCACCGCCGCUUCCGCAGCUCACCUCUCGGGCGCGUCUCCCGCGCCCUCAGCCACAGGCAGUGUGACUCCUUUCCCCUCCUCUGGUUUUGUUGGCAUGGUUAGCCAGGCUGGAACCCCCGCCCCUUCUAUGUAUUCGGCUGCUAUUAAUGAGAAUCGAUCCCUGCAGCAGGCCGGUAUCACCACCGUCUUCCCAGGUCGCGCUAAUCACUGCCUCCUAUACCAUCCCACAGGUCGCCUCCUCUCCCGUAUUCCCUUUUGUCCUCUCUCCCGCCUAUAUACCCUUCGAGUUCCUCGUCGUUUCCUCCGCAGUCGGGAUGUAGUCUUUGAUGAGUCCACACCCUACUAUUCCACUCCUCCCCCCACUGACCCUCUCGCCCCUGCUCCCAGGCCCCUCAACUGGUCCGACACUAUCCCACCCCCUCUUCUCCCUCCCCCUCCCAUCCUCCCUCCCGCUCCACCUCCUCCAUUCCCCGCCGCCUCGGUCCCUAGUGCUCCCCCCUCCUCUGGGAAGUGGGUGUUUCGGGUGAAGCAGCUUCCUGGCGAGCCGCCAGUCUACAAGGCCCGCUACGUCGCCAAGGGCUUCACCCAGCGCUACGCUGUCGACUUCUUCGACACCUUCUCUCCCACCGCCAAGCCCGCUACCAUUCGCGCAGUCCUCGACCUCGCCGCUCGCCUCAACAUGGAGAUUCACUCCAUGGACGUCUCCAACGCAUUCCUCCAAGGGGUCUUGCGCGAGCUCAUUUACAUGGAGCGUCCUGCCGGCUUCCACCUCCCCUUUCCUUCCGACUCUGUCUGGCAGCUGCGUCGGCCGGUCUAUGGGCUCAAGCAGGCACCAAGGGAGUGGCAUGCCAAGCUUGCUGCCACCCUCGCCGAGCUUGGCUUCAGCACCUCCCGUGCCGACCCCAGCCUCUUCCUCCGCACCUCCCCCUCCCCCUUCUACAUCCUCGUCUAUGUCGACGAUAUGAUCCUCAUCACUGCCGACUCCGCCGAGCUCGAGCGCGUCAAGCGUGAGCUUGGCAGCCGGCUCAAGUGUAAGGAUCUAGGGGAGCUGCAGCACUAUCUCGGCAUGGAGAUAACCCGCAACCGUGCUGCUCGCACCAUCUCCCUCUCCCAAGGCCACUACCUGCAGCAGGUCUUGGAGCGGUUCGACAUGGCUCGAGGCACCCCUCAGGUCACCCCUCUUCCUGUUGGGCACCACCUCACUCCCCUCACCUCCCCCUCCUCCUCCUCCCACCCCUACGCUGAGCUCAUCGGCUCUCUCAUGUAUGCCAUGGUCUCCACCCGCCCUGACCUGACAUACCCCAUCAGCGUUUUGGCCCGCUUCGUUGGUACCGGCAAGCAUGAUACCACCCACUGGCAAGCGGCCAAGCGUGUCCUCCGCUACCUUCGGGGGACCAAGGACUACGUCCUUACCCUUGGCGGCCCCUCCCCUCCCUUCCUCACUGGCUACUCUGAUUCCUCCUGGGCUGACUCUAGGCCUGACCGCCGCUCCUCUCAGGGCUAUGGCUUCUCUCUUGGCAGUGGCCUCAUCAGCUGGCGCUCCACCCGCUCCUCCUCCAUUGCCCUCUCCUCCUGCGAAGCAGAGCUGUAUGCCGCUACCAUGGCUGCGCAGGAGGCCCGCUGGCUCUCCUUCCUUCUUGAGGAGCUUGGUGCCCCUCAGCGCUGUCCCACCAUCUGGUGCGACAACGCCAGCACCAUCCACCUCACGAAGGAUGCUGUGUUCCACGGGCGCUCCAAGCACAUUGAGCUUCGCCACUACUUCAUUCGCGAGCUUGUGCAAGGUGGUCACCUCCGGCUGGGCAAGAUUGACUCUGCUGCCAAUCUUGCCGACAUCUUCACCAAAGCCCUCCCCCACGCCGCCCACUCGUCCCUCCUUCGCCUUCUUGGACUCGCUCCCCCCGUUCCCUCGUCCGCCUCCUGAUUCAAGCCCUCUAGUCUUAUGCAUGUUGGGGGGUUGUGUUGUAAAAUAUAUAUCUAUACAACAUGCAUGCCUAGAUUAGGAGGUGUAGUCAUUCUAAUUAUUGGGGGUUGUUGGUUGGGUUGACCAACCCCACAUUUGGGUUGGUCAAGAUUGGAUUUGGUCCUAGACAUUUGGUUGGCACUAUUCCAACCAAAUGGUCCUUGGUCCUAGGAACCAACCAAUCACCAAGCACCACACUUUGUGGUUGCUUGCCUUCCAAGCAAUCUCUCUCAUUUGUCCACAUUGUGGCCAAUCGGAGAGCACCACACUUUGUGGUUGCUUGCCCUACAAGCAACCUCUCCCAUUGGUCCACUUUAUGGCCAAUAGGAGAGCUUCCCUUCCAACUCUUUCUUGCUCCUUGUUUUGUACAAAAGAGCCUCUUGGCUCCCUACUCAAUUCAAUCUUUUCUCUUCCAAGCUAGUUCCUUCAGAAGAGGCAGGGUUGGAUGAAGAGGCAGGGUUGGGUUGAAUGAAACGAACGAGUUGGAGCAUCGUCCCAGUUUCGCUCUCCGCCUCUGUUUUCCCGUCUUCCCUGAGCUCCACUGCUUCUCCCCUCCUACAGGACUGAUCCUAGACGCUCACCUGCUGCUACUGCCACGCACCAGCCACACCUUGAUGUGCUGUUUCUGUGUAGACUAACAGGUUUGUUCUAGUCGAUGUCGGGGUACAGAUUCUGAUGAACAGCAACAGGACAGGAUCCAGCCUAA